AUGGAAGAGAAACAUAAGUUGUUUGAAGCACUCGACGAUGUGAACAGCAUCUUCUCGGAGGUGAAUGAUGAAUGGACCGCUACGUGCUUUGAAGAUAAUUUUUCGGACUUCAGCAGUUUUGCACAUGUAAUACGAUUCUCAGUCCUUCAAUCUUUCGAUUACUUACUGCGCCUUUCAGAAUUGUGUUCCCGACUAUUAUUAUAUGUUGAGAAAGUAGAUUCGUCAGUCGAAAUAUGGCAUGAGAUGGUCGGAAGAAAUUUUGAUCCGAAGAAAUUGUGCAUUUUUGCGUGGUACUUGAUUGAACGGGGACAACAGCCUGAUGUUGCUCUUGAUGAUCGGAAAAUAGGACUAAUUGGUUCUCGAAUUUAUAUCUCAUUGUGCUGUUUAAAUGGAGCACAGGCUUUCAAUAUUUUUAAUGAUUAUCUCUUCCAACGGACUUUGGAAGAAUUGCAAUUAAUUCGCAGACUGUUUAAUAACGAUCAUUUUUCAACAACUAACGAUCGUAUAGAAAUAGGUGGAAAAACCAAAAAUAAAAAUAAGAAACCAUUUAUUGGAAAUAACUCAAGAACAAGACAUACAGAUUUAGAACAGCUGACUUUGGAGGACAGAACAGAAUUAAGAUAUAUGCUAUGUGACGUUUUGGAUUCAUUAUUUGUAUUUUUAAACAGAGGUUUACUUUCAUCAAUUCAACAGUCUUUAACAUCACUGGCAAUUUUUUUGCAGCAACUUAUGCAACUUGAUUUUUCCGAAAAAACGUCCUUUUUAGAUUGUAAGCGACUAUCAGAUUUCCAGAGAUUACGAGGUUUUUCUGACCGAUCAUUUGCUUUGAUGCACCGCUUCCUGGAUAAUCGGCAUACUGUUUUCGGUGUAAUAUAUGGAAGAAUUGUUAUGCCGCGGCUAUUAUUCUGGACACUUGAAAAUACUGUAUUUCCCGCGAAUGCUCAUCCACCGAAACUGAUGAGCACCUACAAGGAGGCAAUGCUGAAUUUCAUCAGAAUAAGAAUAGGGAAAGAUUCGGAGGAAGAGAUGCUCAUUAUUUUAUUGAUGCUUCAAAAUGUAUGUUUUCGUUGUCCAGAUCGCAGUGAUUAUCGUGCAAAAGUAGCGAAUUCGGUUGUUGAAGUCCUUGCCCAUCUGUUCCCCAAAUAUAUCCGAGACUUCGCUGCUUUUCUUUUACUAGCAGCCGCGAAUUCAAAAGUUGCAGUCCGUGGUUUCGCUGUUGAACUUGCGGUACCGUUUAUGAAACAACAUGGUCAUAUCCUUGAAGUUAGUUGUAAGCAAGAGAAUGGAACUUAUGAUUUCGAACAAAUGGAUGAAAAGGAUGUAUCCAGUGGCGAAAAAGCAUCAAUGGAAGUAGAAGAAACUGAAGAACAUGAUGGAGAUAACAGACAACAAGUUUAUAAGAAAGCAGAGAAGAAGAAGGCGAUAAGUAAUCUAGUAAGGAAAGUCGGUCUUCAUAAUGCAAUUUUGGUUUUUUUACUGAGAAGUUGUGAUGACAAAUCCCCAAUGGUACGAACUCGAGCUUUGAUGCAGGUUGCAAUGUUGCUUAGUGAUGAAAAUAUACGCAGCAAACUUUUGAAUCUACCAAAAACUUUGGUGUAUACUUGCUACAGUGAAGAUGAAGAGAGUCAAAAGCAUGGGGAUAGACCUGCACUCUUAAAGAUUAUUACUACUCGGUGUUUGGACGCAAGGGCAUCAACUCGUAGAGCAGCGAUAGUUGCUCUCGAAUCACUUUUUCCAAGUCUUUCCGAGUCACAAAAAACAGAAUUUCUACCAGUUUUCCAGCAGCACUGUCGAGAUUCUUCGCUGUUAGUAAGGAAACAAGCUGCAGAAUCAUUAAGUCACUUACUUUUAAUUUUGGGUACGGAUAACAGUAUGUUUGAUAAAGUUUGGCUUAUAUCAGUUCUGCCUCUAAUUAAUGAUCGCGAACAAUCAGUUGUGCAACUAGCAUCCAAAUUAGUUUUGGAAACACUUAUUUUGCCAGCUCUAGAAGACACGACACUUAUUGUUUGGCGUAUUUUGGAAACAGUAGAACAGGAAGUCAAUCAUAGGCGCUUAUUAUUGCGCUCUUUACUUCACCAGGCGAAGGAAGGAGGCUUGCCGCAACACACUGUUGAGAGUCUGCUAAAGAAGUGUGACGAUUUAAAGAAUGUGAAUAUUAUUUGGAUGUUAUUGAACUUUUUAAGCAGCGUGUUCAAGAUCAAUGAAUCUGAAGCGAUUCGUUUCUGGUAUACGUUAAAUGAAAGUGAUGAAAGUAAUUUAGUUAGUUACGUUAUCGAAGUUAUUGCGCGUUGUGCUGAUCGUAUAAGUGAAACAAAUCGAAACCAGCUGAUCGAAAAUCUUAGUGCAAAAUUAAUUGAAUUCAGUGUCAACGAAGGCCACAUUGCUCAUGUUUACUAUGCAUUUGCCCGUCUGUGUAGAGGUGUUGGCGAUAAUUGCAUAGGCGCUAAGCAACUACUUGAAUUUAACCACAAUUUGGUGGAUAAAUCACUUAAAAUUUUACACAACAUCAUUUUUCAUCCGAUCGAUGGCUCCGAUCAAGUUUCACUUUCCCAGGAAAAUGGUAAAACAGCAAAACUUCUUGUACGAAUUAUAAACUCCCUGGGUGAAGCAAUUCAAUACAGUCCACUUUUACUAAGCAAAAAUCCGAAAGUGUUUGAUAUAAUGCAGUUAAUAAUGGCUUCUGAUGUGAUACAGCAACAAUUGAUUCAAACAGGUACUUUAUGCAAUACGCUGCCAACAGUACCUUCAAUUCGUCCAUCAACAGCCGUCCAUUGUGUUGAUGUGGAAGGUUUUAUCAAGCGAGAACUACAGCAGGAUAAUGUUCAACAAGAUACGCACUGUAAUGUUCCUGAUCAUGGUGUUUAUGCAACUGGUUUUCUUCGAAGCUCUAAAUCUUCUACUCAGCCUAAUAGUAAUAAUAUGGAAAGUAGUCAGAAAACACCUACGUCGACAAAUCAAGAAUGUAGAACAUCACAACCAACUAGCCAUGGAUUAGGUCCGACAUUUCUGGGUCAACAUACUGUCAACAUGGAAGUGUUGAGUCCAGCCGUAAGAGCGCAAGCAGUUUUAACCAUUGGUAAAAUGUGUCUCCAGGAUGAAAAAUUGGCAAAAAAAUGCGUUCCCGUGCUAUCACGACAGCUUCUAGUGAAUAGCAAUCACUUGGUUCGAUGCAAUAUUGUUGGUGUAAUUUGCGAUCUUUGCAAGAGAUACACAUUGCUAGUUGACCGUCAUAGUGCUAUCAUAGCUUCUUGUCUGAAAGAUCCAUCUACAUUGGUGCGGAAACAAACUCUUAUGUUGUUGACACACCUCAUCAAAGAACAGUUUGUACGUUGGGAAGGACAGAUUAUGUACAGAUUUGUGUCAACAAUUUUGGAUGAGAGUGAAGAGGUUCGCAAAUGCGCAGAACUGUGUUUGGUUGAUGUCUUGCUUGUACAAUUUCCGAACAUGUUUGUAAAUCAUUUCUUGGAAUGUCUUUUUUAUUUCAAUUCGGUUACACACAAUUUAUGGUUGGCGAUAAGUAAUGCCAUGGAAGAAGAUACGGCAGAAAAGCAAGACUUGAAGUGUUCUUUAUCGGGGUUUCGACUAAAGAAUGCGCGAAUGAGACUUUACCAAUUCAUGAUAAAAACAUUUAACGAUGAGAACAAAUUUACGAUUGGAAUGCGUAUUGGUCAGGAAGUGUACUCAGCUAUAGUAGACGGUGUGCUCGACAUUUGCGAUGGUCGUGUUAAAGCCUUGCUUGAAGAUUGCUACGAAAUAAUGUGUUGCCCGGAAAUAAAAUUGUCUAUGGCUCUGGGUAAAAGAUCGCCAAGCGAAGCGGAUGAUGAUGAUGAUGAACCGCCAUCCAAUGUUCAGGAGGCAGCAAGAAAGGUCGUAACACAAGCUUUUCGAAAAGGUAUCAUUGAUGCCAUUUUACCUCACGUUAUACGGCUGAAAUAUUACCUACAAGAGAAACGCUUACCUGAAUUAGAAUUUGGAAUCAUCAGAGUUCUCAGGGAGUUAUGUAAAGAUCAUUGCGAGCAGUUAGAUGAAUUUUUGGCAAGUGAUAAGCAAUUAAGAGCUGAAGUAAAGUUCGAUCUCGAGAAACUUGAGGAAAAAGAAAGGAAGAUGAAAGUUCCGAGCAACAGUGAUGCAAUGAUGAAAUCGCCUUUUUUGCUAAAUAAACGAAAAGUUUCAUUUAUUGCUGACGGCAUGGCAUCUUCAUCACGUCCAAAUUCUGGAAUUCUAAAGGAAAAGUGCGAAGUGAGAAUGGCUGCACAGAUUGAAGUGCAGGAAAAUGAACAAAAUGACAGAGGCGAUGUCCCAGUGGCUGAUGUCAAUGGCGGAAAUGAUCGAGAACUGGUGGAAAGAGAAACGAAAAUUAGUAAUGAUAAAGGCGAAAACGCCGAGAAUGUUCAACCUUCGACAAGUGUAAAAGAAAAUUUUACCCCAACUGCGAUUACUGCAGUGAUUAAAAAACGAAGUCAAAGAAUACGGUUUAAACAAUCAAAUGAAGAAAGCGAGUUGCCAGUGCGAGCGAUUUCAACACCAGAACAUAACAUCAGCGAGCUCACAUUCGGUCUGGGCGAUGAAAUGUCAGCAAUUGAAAGUACGCCAACAAGAAAAAGAUCAAAACGACAAGCUCGACAACCCUAUGUGCCAUCAAUUGAAGAAGCUGAUAACGAAGAUGAAUUCUGUAAUAACGAUCAAUAA